CAGCUCCUUAAUAACCCUAGUUCCAGAGCCAAAUAAUUCAUAGCUUCCUGACUUUGAUUUCCAAGCAGGGGCAGACUGACAACUCAUGGGGCCCCCGGUCAAUAGGGGAUCAUGGGGCCCCUGUGUCCUUGGCCAAACUCAAAAAAGUCUAUAAAAAAGGUACCAGGGGCAUCUCAUGGGGACCCCGGGCCCUCGGGCAGUGCCCGAGUUUCCAAAUGGUCAGUCGGCCCUGUUUCCAAG